GAUUGUUACGACGUUGUGCAGGAUGCUUUGACAAAUUUGUUUAUGUUGUGUCUGCUUAUUUUUCUGUUGCGAACAUCUGCUGCUGGUGAAACGUUUUCGUUUAGCAUCCAUGCCACAAAUAAUCUCCCACACGAUAAUCUUGGUAAAUUGUUGGACGGGAAUUGCUUGUUAUGGAUCUGCGGUUCCUCUUCUGUACAUAAAGGGAAACGAAGAAUGAAAGUAAAGUAACCGUGGACUUCUCGGAGCCAGUGUGAAUUGGAUUCUCGGGGAUCGUUUCGCAUCGUGGAAUCGUCUUAUUGCUGAACCCGUCCGUGAGAUAAGCCUGAACCUCGCGUGAAUAAUGGAUGAAACCAUUAGCGAUAGCCUGCCUUCGUCGGACCUUAACAUGGAACCGGACGCUGAGGCAUUCACGGAGGAUAUUUCCUUGCUGCCCUCAAGUAUUUUCACUAUGGAUGACUCGAUGCACGCGGCGAUAAUAACUGAAAUAUCGCAACAUAGUGAGCUGGAAAGUUCUCAGGAGAAUUCGUCUUUGACAAAUACCAUAUCCUCCAGGGAAUCCCUUGCAGUGUAUUUUCAUAUUACACCUGGCGGUAUCUGCGAAACGCUUUUGAACUCCGAUGGGAAUAUGACCUUGAUCCGAGAAAUGUCUUCUUCGUGGGCGAAGUUACUCGUUUCUGACGAAGCAAAAGCAACCUUCGACCUCUUUGUCCUGAUAGCAUCUUUAUGUGGUGUUUUGGACGACCGACUGAGCCGCAAAAUCGCUGGGAAGACGAAUCUCUUCGAAAUGGCAAAUGAUACAGCUGAUGUUUUGGAGGCGCAUGCGCAUGGGAAAGCUUAUUGCAAUGAUUACAGUCGCGUCGAAUUGCAACCUCAAACUCGACAGCGUUCACCUAUUACUCUCUACCUUUCUGAGCUUGUUCGAAGUCAUUUAAAAACUUUAUUGCAAGCAGUUGAUGGAACGACUAAGAGAACCGGUGUUCUUGCUGCUGCGAUUCAGCUGUUUAGAAAGAUGGGAUCUUCGCCGAACACGGUUCUUCGUUCCUGUGCACUCAUCGUCGGAGGGGUUUUCGCAUGUGAACUUGCAAAUGGCGCAAGAGUCCACUCGAAAAUCUACGAAAAACGCUUGGAAAAAGCACAAUCUCGCUCUCCUCGGAAAAGAGACCGAUUCGCGUUGACCGAACCUGACACUUUGACAGAAGAAGCGUUGACGGAACAAAAGAACCUGUGCGUAUCCUUGGAGAAAGCAGUUUCGAGCAUCCUCAGCACUAUUCUGCUCGAAGGAUUGAAGGAUUCGGAGUUUCCUCUGCAAGCGUGGUCGUUGGAGAUUUUCGAAAAAUGCGUGCGAGAGAAAAAAGCUUUCUUCACAGAGGAAAUAUUGUUGCGUCUUCUGAAAGGACUUUUUGGCACAAAAUCUACGAAGAAUGGGAAGCGUGCCUUGACAAUUUUGGCAGCUUACGAGGAACACUGGUCGAAACCGGAUAUUCUAACGAACCGUGUGCUGAAAUAUGUUUGGAACGCAUUCCCGAAGUUUGCCUUGAUCGGGCUGAAGCCUACCUGGAUUCGUUUUUUGGAUUUCAUCUGCAUCUUUUAUAGAUGUGCAUCCCGACAAGAUUUGCGUGGGUUCUUUGUGACCGCUAUGACGGUGGUCAUUGAAAGUUCGGAUCAAGAGAAGGCCGCCGCUUUUGGGAAAGCAAUUUCCCGACUGUAUAAUUUAACGCUCAAAUCUAACAUUGACGAGUUCACGUCAACCAUCCGGAGCAUUAUUGAAAUCGCGAAUACGACGAACAGCGCGACGAACGUGAUGCUCAGAGCGAUGGUAUUCAUGCUGAGUUCUGGUGGCGUCGGUCAGGCGAAAGAUUACGCCGGGAUUUUUGAACAUCUGAAAUAUUUACUGAGACUCCGGACUGUUGACGAAGCAAAGAUAUCCUUCGUCGCCGAUCUCUUCAGUGUUUCGGCAUUCAUGGUUGCUGGUGGAACCUUAGUUCAACCGGGUGUCAUCGGGAAUUCUUGUGCAGCCAAGCAACGGGGUAGAAAGCCGCAGGAUUGCAAGGCGAAGAAUCCGGACAAGCCAGUUUCAACCUUAUCGGCUUCUGCGGAAUCAGCGAGCAGUCGGCGAGAACUGAUGCAAUUUUUUGUGCAUAGCGUGUUCCCGGUAUUGCCUGAAUGGGUUUCGCAGCAUGCCGGUGUUGUCCAGAUGCUAUUGGACGUAUGGAAUAACAAGGGCAUGUUGGAGGCGAGGGACUGGGUCACGCAGAUGGGUGCAGGUGGGAAUAACGUUCAUGUUGAGGAUUUUCGCAGCUUUUGCUCGCUCGUUUACGAGCAUGUACGCAACCAGGUUCUGUCUCUUGAAGACGUGGAAAUGGGAAUUUGGGACAACGUGAGCGCGGAAACUCUCGAGAGAAUCGCUGCUCUCGCUUGCGUCAAGACCGAAGACGUUCGGUUGCAAGAUUCAUUCGAGAAACUAGGAGAAAUUAUCAUGAGCACGUUCAGAAAAUCGCUUCUUGAUGAUCAGAAAAAAAUUUGCGAAUGGGUUGAAACGAUGAGUCGACUCGUUCAUCAGGUUUCUGAGGCCGAAGAAGAGGAAGCUAGAGAAGAAGUCGUCAAACGCGUGUUGCGCAUGUCGCGACACCUCACAGUUACCACCAGAAUAGUUCGGAUUAUGUCUCGUGUCCGCGAUCCGCCCCUGGUAUCACUUGAAACGGAACAAGUUGAUGAGGACGUACAAUACCCAGCUUUACAAACGUACCGCAAACUGUUGUACGUGCUUCGAACCGUGAUGAAAUUCGACCAGCGUCUAAUUACGACGCUUUCUGAGGCGGCUUUUGUAUUGUCCGACAUCUUCAAAAACAUGCUUUUGAGACUAUCUCAAGACUUUGUGGACCAAUGGAACGAAUCGCUGUUGAAUGGGGACGAGGUAUCCAUCGUUGUGAGUCUUCAAGGAAAGGAGAUUUUGGCAUUGGGCAACUCCAUCGGCUGGUUUUGCAAAGGCUUCGUAAUUGAGAUCCUGAAUUUUUUGGACAAUGAGUCACAGACCAUCAGGGACGGCGUGCGAAAGCAUUUGAAUGAAACCGUCGUGGAAUUCAUGUUCAUUCUGGUGAAAACUUUCCCCGCGAAUCAUGUAUUUUGCUGUGACUCGGACGAGGAGCCGGUGACCGAUGCUCGUGAGAAGAAACUGGCGAAUCGUCUGGAUUUCAUGCAGGGCACUUUCGCUGAAAUCAUUUUUCAGCGCCGAGCUCAAUUCAAGGAAUCUAUUCGAGAAAAUCUCAUGGGAAUGUGGAUGCAGUUCGUGCAGCAGCCGAAGCGGAAUGCGGCAAAUUUGGCAGUGAUCUACGCGAAUCUCAAGAAUUUGAAGUCGGAUCCUCGACUCAUGGAAAUCGUUAAUAGCAAUUUGGAUGAGAUUGCCAAAGGACCUGGUUCCAAGAUGAAUGACUCAUUCUUGAUGACGCAUGCCGAGGCUGUUGCGAUUGCCAUUGCAAGAUACUCCAGUGACUUGGCAAGUGUGAAGAGUGAAUCGAACAGGGCUAGCGUCAUUCGUAUCCGGAACCUGACGGAUUUUGCAGUAGAGCUGUUGAAUGGAAGAGGAUUCGCGCCGGAAUUGGCGAAAGUGACGGUUUUGCACGUGCAUCUUAAACUGGCUUUGGCUGCCCGGGAUAAUCUCGUGAACAGCGAGGGGAGUGUCGCAGGCGUGGAAAUGGCUUGCGCAAUAUUCCGUGUGCUGGAGUCUGACUUGUCGAGGGUUACGCCAAAAGGAUCUGUUGUCCUGUUGUCGGAAUUCGGGGGAAAUUUCUUCGACGAGUCAGAGAUUUCGGUCGGAAGUUCCGAGGGCGAAACUCACGAAUUAACGGAUUGGAGGAGAGCUCUGAGGAAUUAUCAGGAUGGGCUGCUGAUGAAGAGCAAUCAAUCGAGUCAUUUAGCUCAGAGAUCCAAAAGUUUAUCUCAGUCACCACAGUCUUCAUUACGCUCUACUACCGGCGAAAGUUCCUCUCGAUAUGUGCCAGAUGUCGCCGGAUUUCUUGAAUCUGGCAUCGGAUCGAAGAAGUCUAAUGUGUCUCCGAUACAGGAAGGAGCCUGCAAUCCCUCUCAGCCAUGCGGAACAACCCCAGUAAAGAAAGCAACGUUAGGAAAUCCCAGCGCUUUGGUGUUGACGACGAUUGCUGAACUCAGUUCGGAGGACACCGUCAAUGAGACUGCUGCUGCAGCGAGAACCCCGAAACAGUGAAGGAAAAUGCAUUCUCAAAACAAAAUAUAAUUGUUUAUAAUUUAUGUUUUGGCAUAUUUUCGGGAGUUCUUGAUAAGAAACCAAGUUCCAAGCCGCCGCGAGGGAUUAAAACGGGUAAAAUUAAAACUAUUUCCUUCACUUCCUUAGCCCAUGUUUUUUAAAAUCAGGCUUCUAAAAUAAAUUCGGAGUGGAGAAAUUCAAGAAAACCCCGGCAAUAAUUGAUCUUGUCAAAUAAAAAGAGAUCAAAUUUAAAUCAAGCAUUGAUGAGAAGGAAAAUUUUUCGAGGUUACAUAUAGGUACAGUAAUUGAGAGGACUUUUGGAGGUUGAAGUCUGGCUGAAUCGAUGACAGCAAUGCAGUUUUCAUAGUUUUAUAUUCAGUGAAAUUCGUUGACGAAGAUAUUCUCUGUACUCAUCCAGCACAUAAGAAGAUAAUCUGCCGCUAAUUGAUUGACCCAGGAGAAGGUUAAAUCUGGACUGGAAGUCCUUCAUUGACUUGAAACCUCAUCAUUUCAAAUCCAAACUGGAUUAAAAAACGAUGUCCUGACCUGUUCAUCAUAAUUCGGUUUGCCCGUCCGCAUUUGUAUUCCUAUAAUGCACGGAAGCGUUAAAAUGUAUAAAUUGCUAUUGGGCGGAAAACUUGAAAAUCUUGAAUGAAAAACCCCGAAAUAAAAAAAAAAUUAAACAUUAUUUUUACGUGCCUCAGCAUUUCUAGAAUCGUGCUAUAUAAUCUCUUCGAAAAAUUAUUUAAUGUGUAAACCAGCUAUAGUUGUGCGUAUAUACCAUUAGCGUAAAUGGAACAGCAGCCCCCUAUCUUGAAAAUGACGAGCGAGAUGAUGAAUUGUUUGGGGCAUUUUUUGUUACGGACGUUUGUUCUGAAACCUUGAUUUUGUUACUUUCAU